AUUUUUUUAGUUUAAAAGUCUCCAAGAAAUAAAACUAACCAUAUGAUUUUUUUUAGCUCACAUUGGCAGUUUUGUGGUGGACAAUUUAUCUGUGUGUCUUUUAAGAAAAAAUAGUUUGCCCUUCUAACCUUUAAAUGAAAUCUGAAACUUAUGUGAUUUUAAGACAAUGGGCAUAGCUAACGUUGCUGCAACUGUCAGUUUUGACAACAAACAGAAAUGGUGAGGAGGAUGAGUUUUUUAGGUUGUAAAACUCUUCUAAAACCCAUUUGCUGAUCUUUUUGAAUGAAUUGCCUGCUUUACUACAUCCAUUUAGCCCACUAUAGAAAAAAUUAGGCCACACCCACUGUUUGCUCAUUUAAAAUUCUAUUUCUCUUGUAACUUAUGAAAAUAAUAAAAAUCACAGCUUGCGGUUUAGGAGGACUUUAAUGUAAAGGAAGUUCUUCCUGCUAUCAUAACUAUAUCACAGCUCUGCACGUCGCAAAGAUAUAUUUUUGCUGCUUGUUGCUACUUAAAACUAAUGAGCAGAAUCAACACAAUUCUUGAGAAUUUUUUUAGCGGACAACUUCUGAAAUUAACUUUAAUUAGUUAACUUAAUUGAUUUGUGUUGAGACAACAUAAAACAACUGUGUGGAACCCAGCAUUUUUUACAGUGUGUAUGUUAAUGAUGUUUCGACACUCCAUUGUCUGAGAUGCUUUUUUGUGUCCCACACCCAUCUCCAUUCUAAAGCAGCUCACCGUUUCAAGAUGUGAUCCUCUCAAACAGUGCAGAAGCAACAAAACUGUUGACUCCCAUCUUCUCAAAAUAAUUUUAGCGCUUUUAGGAAAUGAGCAUCAACACACAUUCAUCGUGCAGUGUAAUCUAGGUCGGGGCAGAAGACGGUUUCUUACACUUCUCAUUGCUCAACAACACCACCCAAAAUUGAGAAUGGUUCAUAAUUGUGGCAAUAUUUUUUUUUUAAACCAACCAAUACAAACUUUCAUGUUUAUUUCACACACAUUUAAGCUCUCCUUUAAACAUAUUCUCUAGUAAAACCAGCUUUAUCAGCACAGCUCAGAUUUCUUAAUCAAUAUUUCCUCCAUCCUUCACUUUUGCGGCUUGUGGAUCAUUGAUAGCAGCCCCCUAUCCAUUGCCAACAACCCUCAGGCCUCUCGGGACCCGUGUGUGUCCCCCUCCACCAUCUGCUCACGUGAUUCCCACAAUCCUCCUCAGCAUCACUGCAGCCAUCUUGCUUAACACCCUCCCAUCUGCAGCGCUCUCAGCCAAUCAUGCGAAAGCAAGCGGCUGGGCUGUGAGCAAGGGAGGGACUGAGAGAGAGAGAGACGUCUAUGAUUGUAGCUCCACUGAGGCUCACACAGCAUCUCAAUCCCCUGGCUGUGCUGAGCCAGAAAACACUCAAAGCCAUUAUUCACAGGCGAGGAUUGUAGCUGUCGUUGCUCAUUUACAAGACGAGGCCAGUGUUGAGCCCUGGAAGAAUAACACCCCUUUUUGUCAAGCUUGUCGUGAACUGCUGGUGGAUUUUUUUCUUCUCUCCUUUCUUUCGUUUCUCUUGCCUCUCCUUUUUCAUUCUUCCUUUGUUUUGGACAAGACUCUUGGUCGAAGUGGAUCGGAGAAGACAACAAAUCACUCCUCUUCCUUGCACCUGACUCUUCCGGCCAUCGUGAGUGUUGUUUUCGUCGCAGCUCCAGCUAUCAGCUGAGUCACCAUGUCUGAUCUGACGCCCCAGAGCGAAGCCCCCACCCCCACCACUGACAAGAUCACACAGGCUGCCAGGGAGACCAUCUACCUAUGCAACUUCCGCGUGUCGGUGGAUGGCGAGUGGCUGUGCCUGCGAGAGCUCAACGACAUUUCGCUCACGCCAGAUCCCGAGCCAGCUCAUGAAGACUCAUGGGAGGAUUUCACAGAUUUGGUGGAGCAAAUGCAAAUGCUUGAUGAGUUUAAAGAUCCCAAGGAUCCCAUUGCCAUUGAGAGGCUUAACCUGAUGAACAUGGCUAAACUAAGCAUUAAAGGCUUGAUCGAGUCUGCACUGAACCUGGGCCGCACACUGGACUCAGACUAUGCCCCAUUGCAGCAGUUUUUUGUUGUCAUGGAGCACUGCCUGAAACACGGACUAAAAAGUAAGAAAACGUUCCUUGGGCAAAAUAAGUCAUUUUGGGGUCCUUUGGAGCUUGUAGAAAAAUUGACUCCAGAGGCUGGUGAGAUCACAGCCAGUGUCAAAGACCUUCCUGGACUCAAAACCCCAUUAGGAAGAGGCAGAGCAUGGCUUCGUCUGGCUUUGAUGCAGAAGAAGCUCUCAGAUUACAUGAAGACCAUAAUCAACCGAAAAGACCUGCUUGGUGAAUUCUACGAGCCCAAUGCACUCAUGAUGGAGGAGGAAGGAGCUGUGAUUGCUGGGCUGUUGGUGGGCCUGAAUGUCAUUGAUGCUAACUUGUGUAUGAAGGGAGAAGAUUUAGACUCGCAGGUUGGGGUCAUCGAUUUUUCCAUGUACCUGAAAGACGGCGCACACAGCAGCAAAAGCACAGAGGGCGAUGGACAAAUCACAGCUAUUCUUGACCAGAAGAAUUAUGUGGAGGAACUGAAUAGACAUUUAAGUGCAUCGGUGAAUAAUCUGCAAGCCAAAGUGGAUGCACUGGAAAAGUCUAACACAAAACUUACAGAGGAGCUUGCUGUUGCAAACAACAGGAUCAUCACUCUGCAGGAAGAACUGGAAAGAGUAAAGGAAGAGGGCUCUUACUUUGUGGAAUCCAGUCGCAAGGCUUCGAGGGCAGAUGGAACUGCAAAUGGCCAAGUGCUUGGAGAAACUCGCAAACAGCUCAAAGAGGAAACUCAGCUCAGACUUGAUGUGGAGAAGGAGCUGGAGCUGCAGAUCGGGAUGAAGCAGGAGAUGGAGUUGUCCAUGAAGAUGCUAGAGAAGGACAUCUGUGAGAAACACGAUGCUUUGGUGGAGCUCAGACAGCAGUUAGAUGACGUGCGCACACUCAAUCAUGAGCUCUCCGUUAAGUCACAGAGCUCAGAGAGCAGCGCAAAACAGAAGAGUGACAUCAUCGGCCGCUUGGAGGAGAAAACAAACCAGAUGGGAAGCAUCAUUAAACAGCUGGAGAGCAGAUGUAAGAAGGCGGAGCGAGAGCGGGAUCUGGCGGACGAGGCCAAUCGACUCUUCAAGCAGGAGUUUGGGGACAAGAUUGAGAGUCUGCAGACGGAGGUGGAGCAGCUGCGGAGACAGAGGUGGAUUUUGGAACAAGAGCUGAAGAAAGGCAGAGAUCAUCCUGGAGUCCAAACACCUGAAACUCUGCUGGGAAAAACACCUCCGCAGCAGAGAGACAGCAAACAACACAUCGAGGACAUCAGAAAGGAGUUAGAGUCUGUCAAAAAGGAAAAUGAUACACUGCGCACUGCACUAGAGGAAAAGACGAGUCUGAGUUCCAGUUUGACACUGUCACAUGAAGAUGAACAGAACCAGUCUCUUUGUAAAGAGGUUGACCCUUCAAUCUGCACAAUGUGUGAAAACCAAGACUCACUGACUUCACCCAAGAGUCAGUGCAAGAACUGCAGCGGUGUGUUCUGUGAGAACUGCAUGGCGAAUGAACUGCCUCUGCCCUCGUCCAUCAACCCCGAGCACGUGUGUGAUGUCUGCUACUCUCAGCUCCUGGAGCAGUACUCGUCCUCCCCAUCCUGAGACACACAGCGCAUGUAAAUAGUGCAAUACAAAAAACUACACCUCACACUCUGGAUCAUCUCAGCUGUAAAGCAUAUCAGAAACGAUUUGCCAAAAGGGAAUUUUUUACAAGCUCCUUGUUGGAAAUGCUUUAGAGAUUAUUUUAUUAUGACCUAUUAUUCUUGAGGAUUAGUGAAACUGUCCACCAAGUGGAUGUAUUUGGCUUUUUUGUACUUGAAUCGCCUCGGUAUCAUUCAGUAAUGCAAGUAGGAGGAUUUCAUUGGCAUCUUAAUCAUUAUGAGAUGACUAAUUGUAGACAGAAACAUGUUUUCAGCUUUUUGGAAAAGAAGGCACUGAACAAAUCACACACAUACAGUGACACUUUGUUAAAUCCAACAUUCUUAAAUUGUUAAAAAAAAAAAAAGAGCAGAAACUGCACAUUUUGAAACUUUUAUAGGGAAGAGUAAAUUAUCCUGUAUUAUAAUGUUGAAAUAAAUGUAUAAAAAAUAAAGACAUGAAAAGUGGU